AUUGCGGCCAAAUAAUGUCACGCUAUAAAAUAAAACCCAACACAAUCACAAUUCUUAAUCAUAAUAAUACCCAUUCCUUGUCUCUUCACAAUAAAGAAAAGAAAUCACGUUAUUCAUGGCAACACCGGAAUCGGAAUCGGAAUCGUAUUCCCAUAGCAUUUGGCGUUCAGAUGUUGUAGUAAAGAACCCAAAGAACGUGUUUAUGCAAGGGAAAUGGGAUUCCUUGGCAAUUGGAACUUUAAGUGGUGUGUUGAUGAUGCAUGUUUUGGCUUUGUUUGCACCAUUUACAUUCAAUUGGGGUGCAUUUCGUGUGGCUAUAGUUCUAUACUUAGUCACUGCAUUGUUGGGAAUUUGUCUUUCAUAUCACCGUAAUUUGACGCACAAAAGUUUCAAGCUACCAAAAUGGCUCGAGUACUUGUUUGCUUAUUGUGGCGCUUUAGCUCUUCAGGGAGAUCCAAUUGAUUGGGUGAGCACACACAGGUUCCACCAUCAAUAUUGUGAUUCGGAGCAAGACCCACAUAGUCCACAUGAAGGAUUUUGGUUCAGCCAUAUGAUUUGGCUAUUUGAUUCUAGAGAUCAACUCGAAAAGUGUGGUGAGCCAAAUAAUGUGGGAGAUCUAGAGAAACAAUUCUUUUACAGGUUUAUGCGAAGCACAUACAUUUUGCACCCACUUGCUCUUGGAGGAGUACUCUAUGCUUUUGGAGGAUUUCCCUACCUCGUUUGGGGGAUGGGAGUAAGGACUACAUGUGUAUAUCACAUAACGUGGUUCGUGAAUUCCGCAAGUCAUAUAUGGGGAACUCAAGUCUGGAAUACUGGAGAUUUGUCAAAAAAUAACUGGUGGGUAGCAUUGCUUUCAUUUGGGGAAGGUUGGCACAACAAUCAUCAUGCUUUUGGAUACUCAGCUAGACAUGGCCUAGAAUGGUGGCAAGUUGAUAUGACUUGGUAUAUCAUAAGGCUUCUUGAUGUUAUUGGUUUGGCUAAGGAUGUCAGGCUACCUACGGAGGCUCAUAAAGAACGCUUGGCCUUUAAAAAUGAGUGAAUAGCAACUUCAUAAAAAUUAUGAGCACGUCUUGUUAUAGGGAUGUCUGGAGUUCCUGGAUCCGUUCAAAAUUAAUAUGUUGUCUAAGUUGAUAAUAUCAUUUGAAAUUGAAUUGCAACAACUAAAUUUGCACAAAGGUACUUGUCAAAAAAAAAAAUUGCACAAAGGUAGUUUAAAUAUAUUGUAAAUUAUAAAAUUUGUAAUUGGAAACCCUAAUAUCCUUCACUUGAAGUUUAAUUUAUUGCCCGUUAAUUGUUAGAGUAGAGCACACGUACAUAGAGGAUCUAAUAAGAGUCCUCAAGGGCAUGUGCACCAGCUAGAAAAGUAUUUUUUUUUCUUUUCAAGUCAAAUACAUGUCAUACUAGUAAAAAAAACAAUUUCUAGCUAAUUAUUUGGUCAUAAUAAAAAGUUUGUUAUGUGAAUUGAUCGAAAACUAUAUUUGAUUUGUUUA